AUGACGGACCAAUGUUAUGAACUCCAAGAUGAGAAUGAAGCAUUAAUUAGGCGAGGUCGUCUAAGCCAAUUUGUGGGUGAGAAGAAGCAAGCAGAGCAACAUGACAACGCACUAGAUAAGCAACCACGUGCUACGAAAGACAUCAAUGUUAUCUCAGGUGGAGCAACUCUAGCUAGGGACUCCAACAAAGCACGAAAUGAGUAUAAGCGACGUACCCAAGGCGGACUUGAGGCCCUCUCUAUUGGUCCAGGCUACUGGACUCCGAAGUCACCCAAGCUUUGGUACUCAACGAUCACCUUUAACAAGGACGAGGAAAGAGAUGUAAUUCACCCACAUGAUGACCCAUUCAUAAUCGAAGCUGAGAUCGCAAAUUGUUGUGUGAAACGGGUCGGCCAGCCUUAUGCUAUCUCCAAGCCUUCAUUGUCAGCCACAUGCUCUUGA